UAGAAUUCAAUCGUUCUGUUUCUAUCUUGUAGCAAUGACUAUUUUCUGCGCACGUAUCUGUGUCUGUUUUGUGCUGGUUAGUGUUUACUUUGCAUCCGUAAGCGCCUUUGCUCUCAAGCAGAGAUCUACGAGGCCAUACGUCUGCAACGGACACUCGUACACACGUGAGGGCGACUACAGUCGAUGUCUUUGCGGACUACGGUUCCGUCGCGUGACGACAAUCUGCUGCCAGAACACGACCUUCUACAGCCCUUGCAGUACCGUGUCAUCACGCCACGAAAGAAAAUCGUGUCUAGCGAGUUGUCCACGCAAUCAGCAGCCCAGACUUCAGUCUGUAAGGUUCAUGGGCUCAUCCUAUCAAACGCAGUGCAGCUGCUCUGCUGGCUACGCGUAUGAUAAUCAAACAGGAUGUUGCGUAGGGGCGUGUCGAGGCUGCAGGUCUUACCAGAGAUGUAUCACUAGAAAGGGUAUUGAACCUUAUUGUGAAGACAUGUGCACCGGAUAUCCAUGUAGACCAGGGCAAGAGUGUUAUCUCACGACGAGUCAGUGCCAACUGGUUGGUGGAAUUCAAAUAUGUCCUCGUGUGGCCAGGUGUCGAGAUCUGAAUCCGUGUUAUCCACUUCAGUGCAAGUCUUAUCAACGUUGUAGGGCCAGGGGCAACAUUCAGUUCUGUGAAGACACGUGUGAAGGGUAUACUGGAUGUCAAAACUAUGAGGAGUGUCAUUUACGUGAGGUACGAUACUGUGUUGCAUCUAACUGUGCAUUUGGUGGUGGAGUUGCAUGCAGACUGCGAGCUACUAAACCAGGCAGCUGCUUGGUGACUCGAGCUACACAUUGUUAUACAUCCAUUCCUGAGUGCUCUCGAGAUGAUCACUGUUCAGGAUCAAGUAAAUGCUGUCAUGAUGGCUGCAUAUCUAAAUGUACUCCUGUUCUUGACUCAAAUAAACCGGUAUGUGUCGAUAACACACAAAUUUUGAGAACUAACGGACCAUCUUUCUUUAUUCAUUAUCCUGGACGUAUAACCAACACAACCUGUGGACAAUUUGAGGGCUCACUAGUCAUCAUAGCAACAAACGGUCUAUGUAUUAAUGUAUCAACAGAUGUCAGAUACCCCGACCUUAAGAUAGGCGAGACUAUAAAAGUUUAUGAUGGAUACAAAAGCAAGCAUUUACUGUAUCAAGGACAGAGUUUUCAAAAUGUACACAUUGCAUCAUCAGAACGAACUAUGACAAUUGUUUUCACAACUCCAGACAUCGGUGCAUCAAAUGGAACAUACUUAUUUGUUCAACUGCAAAGUACAUGCCAAAUUGCAGAUACUGUCAACAGGUCUGAAGUGGUUACAACUCCAAAUAAUACCUGAACCAACUACAAGGAAAGGCAGUAAUGUACACUGAUGAAACUAAUAAUGAUGAUUGUUAGAGCGAUAAAGGUGUUUUCUGAUCAAUUCAUGAUCGGCCAAGAUGCACUGAUUGUUUGUGAGACUGCUUGAAAUUAUUUAUGUUCGUGUUUCUAAAUUUAAAUGUAAAGGUCAAAACUGCAAGUUAAGAUCACAAUUUUUAGAUUAAAGUCUAGAGUGUAGACUCUAGUAUCUCGAUCAUGACUUGAUUUUUGUUUGGCUGUAACUGCAGUCUUACGCAAGACAUAUAUCUUCGUAUACUUAGCAGUUGUAUGUUCAUUGGUUCAGUUGUUAGAUUAUGCCAGUAGCAGAUAUAAUAAAUAGUUGUUUAGUCUUUUA